CACUCAGGCGCGCGCAGUUUCACUCCCUAGUACUGUAUCGAUGAAGUUGCACAAAGAUGGCGGAUUUCCUGCCGUCCCGGUCCUUGCUAUCCAUUUGUUUUCCAAACUGUCUUCUCAACAGCAGCGAGGCGGAACAACUGAGGAAAUCUAAAGAGAUAGACAGGGGUCUUCUGAAAGACAAAACCUAUGUGAAACGACUAGUCAAGAUACUUUUGCUCGGCGCCGGGGAGAGCGGCAAGUCCACUUUCCUCAAGCAGAUGCGCAUCAUACACGGGCAGGACUUCGACCAGCGGGCCAAAGAGGAGUUCAGGGCCACCAUUUACAGUAAUAUUAUUAAAGGUAUUCGAGUGCUUGUGGAUGCCAGAGAGAAACUGCAUAUCCCCUGGGGAGACCCUUCAAACCAGGCACAUGGAGACAUCAUGAUGGCUUUUGACACACGCACCAUGGUGUCACAAGGGACAGUGGAGACCAAAGUGUUCCUGCAGUACCUGCCUUUGAUCAGUGCCCUCUGGGCUGACAGUGGCAUACAGAACGCAUAUGACCGACGCAGGGAAUUUCAGCUGGGUGAAUCUGUGAAAUAUUUCUUGGAUAACUUGGACAAACUCAGGACACCGGACUAUCUACCGACACAGCAAGACAUUCUUCUGGCCCGUAAGCCAACCAAGGGCAUUCACGAGUAUGACUUCGAGAUCAAGAACGUACCCUUCAAAAUGGUGGAUGUGGGCGGCCAGCGAUCGGAGCGCCGCAGGUGGUUCGAGUGCUUUGAGAGCGUCACUUCUAUCCUCUUCCUCGUCUCGUCCAGCGAGUAUGACCAAGUGCUGAUGGAGGACCGUCAGACCAACCGCCUCAUGGAGUCGCUCAACAUCUUUGAGACCAUCGUCAACAACCGUGUCUUCAGCAACGUUUCCAUCAUCCUCUUCCUUAACAAGACAGACUUGCUUGAGGAGAAGGUCAAAACGGUGGCCAUCAAGGACUACUUCCAUGAGUACACAGGGGAGCCGCACUGCCUGGCCGACGUGCAGAAGUUCCUGGUGGAGUGUUUCCGGAACAAGCGCCGAGACCAGCAGCAGAAGCCCCUGUAUCACCACUUCACCACUGCCAUUAACACAGAGAACAUUCGGCUGGUCUUCCGCGACGUCAAGGACACCAUCUUGCAUGACAACCUCAAACAGCUCAUGCUGCAGUGAUUUCUGGUCCUACAUUUCAUUGCAGAUUUCUCUCAAAUUACCCUCUUCUGCUCAGAUAUUUGUACUCCAUACAGUAACCUUUCUGAAUAGCUCUGACAUGCUUUUGUGCAAGGAAAAAAGCCUAGCCUAGUCGUUUGUCGUGAGCACAGAAUGGUGGCCAAGGGUUGCUAAGGUUAGAAAAGGGAGUGUGUCUGUCCACUCACUUGUUACUCUCCUUAUUCAGCCUGCCAAGAGAAGCUGUAUGUGUCAUUAAGCAUUACCCCUCAUCAGUGAAAGCCUGAAGGUGGCAAAAUCAAUGCGUUUCCCCCCCCACGUUAUUAAUGACAGCGGAGGGAAACAAAGUUUUGAUGGAGAGAAAAAGCACUGCCCUCAAUCAGUUACCCUUUGAGCCUUUUUAUUAUUGACCAAAUAGCAAGAUGUUUUAACCUUUUAACAGGAACUAUGUUCUGAGCCUCUCUGUCGACACAUGCCUGGCCUUACUCAAAUUUUUCCCCUUAUCUUGAUUGGUGUUUUUAUCUUGUUAGCUGUCCAAUUAAUCGUUUAAUUUUAGAAUUCAGAUGUUUUAUAUAGAGAUAUGAAUAUAUUUAACAAAAAGAUUCUUAAGUUAUAUUUCAAAAGGUUUACACUUUUUGUGAUUUUCCUCUGCUGAUGGAUAAUGCUUACGAUCGAAGAAAUGGUUUUGAGUGGAAACACGUUGUUGCAACUAUAUACCACUUGAUAAACUGAAUUUAUACUGUGGUUAGCCAUGCUAGGCAAGCUGAUAGAUACAGUAUAUGGCUUAAACUCAGGGCUGAAUCUAGAUCACUUUUAGUGUAUUGAUGAAAUUAACUCCAAUGUCCACUAAUUGUAGCUCUCUGUCAGAUGUCCUUGCUGGCCUACAGACAAACUCCUUCACUCCAAUUCUUUACAAUUUCUUUGUUUUUUUGUCCAUCAGGGAACAAAAAACAAACAGUGUCUUAAUUUAUUUCCUUUGUUUUGUUUUGGGUUUUUUGUCCACAACCAAACUAAACUGACUUUUUUUCAGUCAGACCCCAAAAAUGUAUUUUUGAUUUUGUCAAAAGCUUCCGUAUUCACAAGUGCCACAUGUUUUAGGUACCAAUAAUUCGAACAACUGUUUCCUGUCUGAAUUACUUGCAUACAAAAGGGAUAGGACCUACUUUGUGAACCUUGUUCCCUGUCAAUGGUUGUGUAUAGCUGCUUUGUAUAGUGCCAUGUCCUGAAUACUACUGUUGUAGUAAGUAUUUUAUGUAAAUAGUCUGUACCUCACCCACCUCACUCUUUUCUAAUGGAUGUGUAACCUACACUGAAUAUGUAUAGCUGUUUUUGCCACUGUGUACUCACACAAAAUCGGUUCCCGUGUGUGUGUGUGUGUGUAUGUGUAUGUGUAUGUAUAUAUAUAUAUAUAUAUAUAUAUAUAUAUAUAUAUAUAUAUAUAUGUGUAUAUAACACACACACACACACACAUACAUACAUACACUGACUCCCUUUUCGUAAUUUGCUCCACUCCCAUCCAUUAUUAAGGGUUGCUCCUUUUUGGCUGGUUCAUUGCUAUUGUUCGGGCAACCUUGGCUGUGAAUGGUGCCUGCAUGCGUCUAUGCAUUCAGAUGCUGCUGGUUUCUUCUUGGCUGCAGCUCUGCCUGAAAAAAAGGGAGUAGAGGACUCUUUGUCUGGUGUCAAAUCCUGCCUUAUGCCCCUGGCUAAAGGCCCAGGAGGCUCGUGAAAGCAAGUAUUACGUCUUCAUACGCCACUGACAAUGUCCUGUGUCUUCUGGUGCCAAUCGGAGCAAAUCAGGCAUUGCAUGAUCACUUUCAGGAGCACAGACACAUAUGUACUUAAGACAUAGGCAGUGAUGGGCAGUUUUAUAAGGGAAGUUCACCCAAAAAUGCAUUCUGUAAUUUUUUUACCCUCAUGGUGUUCCAAACCAAUAUUACAAACUGGAAGUGUGUUGGUCUCAGUCACAAUUCAUUUUUAUUGCAUUUUAUUUUAUUUUUUUAUUUUUCAUAUAAUGAAAGAGAAUAUUGACUGAGACUGUCAUUCUGCCGAACUUCAUCUUUUAGGUUUGACUGAAGAAAGUCGUUUGGUUUUGGAACAACAUGUGAGUGAAUAAAUAAUGACCCAAAAAUAAUGAGUUAUUUUUGGGUGAAUUAUCCCUUGAAAGGGAUGUUCUGGGUUUAAUACAAGUUAAGCUCAAUCGACAGGAUUUGUUGCAUAAUGUUGAUUACCACAAAAGUAAUUUUGACCCGUCCCCCCUCCUCUUUAAAAACAAAAAAACAAAAAUCAUGGUUACAGUGAGGCACUUACAAAAAAUUGGCCCAAUUUUUUCCAUUGUAAGUGCCUCACCGUAACCUCAAUUUUUGCUUGUUUUAAGACAAGGAGGGACGAGUCAAAGUUAUUUUUUGUGGAAAUCAACAUUCACAAAUGCUAUCGAUUAAACUUAACUUGUAUUGAACCUGAAACAUUCCUUUAACUUGUGUUGAACUCUGAAUAUUCCUUUAAAUACUGUCUUAGUAUUGGCCUUUCGCCAUACCAACUUAAACUGCUACAAGCACAAAGUGAUCAAUAUUUUGAAUGAGUAAAUUUCAGCAUUUUUGCAAUGGCAUUAGAGAUACUGAAAUACUCUUGAGGAUCAACCUCUACUAUUUACUGUCUUCUGUGUUGUCAUACAGAAGCAUGGUGAAUCCUAAAACUCUGACUUUUGGCAAUUGCUAACAUUGUAUUACCUGCCUUACACAUACUGAUGGCCUUUGAGCUUAGUGACCUCAAAAAAUCAAGUGUUACAUACCAAAAUAUAGAGGAAAUGAUUGAGAAUGCUAUGAAGUCCGACAGAUUGGCCAUGUUGUUUUCUCUCAGUUGAGCUGUGUUGGCCCUGAGGGUAAACACGUGCUUGUGAACAUGAUGUCACUGUCUGGUGUAGCUGUGACAAGUAGAGGAUAAAAGCUGUGCUUAUGGCGACACUUACCAACAUGCAUGCCUCCUCAGUGCCUCUGUAGUGCAUUAAGGCUUGUGUUUGAUUUCAAAUCCUCCCUUUGUUGCCCUCUUAACGGUUGAUGUGUUGUUCCACCAAUUGACAUGUUUAAAAGAAGGACGAUGCUGCACAGAUACACUACUUAAUUUAGCUGUAUUCAUUCUCUGUACACUUCAAAGGUGUUUGGGAGAGAUAAUAGGCUUUAUUCUAAAAAUCUUUUACCUUUGACUUCCAAAGGUUUUUUGGUGUAAUAGACACAAGUGAUCUCUCUUCACGCCAUUCCCAUUUUCUCAACUCUUCCUAUACAAAUUUUUGAUUAUGUAUGAACAAAUGAGUCUUUCUCACUGUAGCUUUCUCUGAAAUGUGAUUCUGAUCAGAGAUAGAUUUGAUCUUUUUAGUUCUUCCCACAUAAUCAAGUUUGAUUAUUAUUAUGCAAGGAUUAUGCCUGCCUCAGAGAAAAAUCUUAAUUCCUAGUGCCUCUAAGUUUGAUGCCUCAGAUCUUUCCAGUUCUUUUUUGUACCUAGGUUUUUUGAAUUUUUAUCAAUGUGGAUAUUUUUCAGUCCUCGUAAUAUCGAAAUAAUUCAUACUAAAUGAUUUCAAGGCUCUUGCGUUCAGUACAGAACAUUAAACUGCUUUCACUGUACAGUCUAACCUUUGCUUCCUCACUCUUCAUCACUGACUCAAUAAAAGCCUUUUUCAAAAACUG